GUUCCAGCGCAUGAGCUUCGGCCGCGUCGCCCGGCACGAGCGGCGCCCCAUGGUGGCCGCCGUGCCGCUGCUGGCGAGCGCCGGCGCCGAGCGCGAGGGAGUACGGGCGUGCGACCUGCUGGAGGAGAUCGGCCCCUGCGCCGGCGGCGCGUCUGCCGCGCGGGACGUGCUGGCGCUGUUCCCCGGGAUCGGGGCGCUGGGGCUGGCCGAGAUCAUCUGCAUG